AUGUCUAUUGUGGACUCGAAAAGAAUUUUGGCGACUGCCGAGACGGAGGACGCCGAAUCUCUCUGCAACGUCCCUCCUCCAUACGAGCUGCACUCCGCCGGUGCGCUGUUAUCUAGCGAGGCUGCAAUACAGUCUGACGGCCAUGUGAACAUCAACUUCCAGUCGCAGAACCCAGGGGAACUGUGGGAGCAGCUUCCCCCUUUCCCCGCAGCCGAGGAUACUGCGUUGCCGAACAUCAACCUCAAGCCCGUACCCUUCCUUAACGUCGUGAUACAGGUUGUAGGUAGCCGGGGUGAGUUCCUCACGGAAAAUGACCCUCUCCGUCGUUACGGCCAUCGGGUUCGCCUAGCCACGCAUGACACCUUUUCCAAAUUCGUGACCGACUCUGGCUUAGAGUUCUUCCCGAUUGGCGGAGAUCCCGCCGACUUGAUGUCGUACAUGGUCCGAAAUCCUGGUCUGAUUCCUUCCAUGGAGUCUCUUAAGGGCGGCGAUGUGGGGAAGAAACGACGAAUGAUACGUGAAAUGCUCCACGGAUGCUGGCGUUCCUGCAUUGAUCCUGAUCCCAUCAGCAACCGACCGUUCGUAGCCGACGCCAUCAUCGCGAACCCCCCAAGCUUCGCCCAUGUGCAUUGUGCGCAAGCCCUCGGCAUUCCAGCCCACAUCAUGUUCACCAUGCCCUGGACGGCGACUCGUGCUUUCCCUCACCCGCUAGCAAACAUCCAACGCAGCAAGGACCUGGAGCCACAGGGCCUGGGCGAUGUUAUCAACAGCUGGCGAAAGGAGGAUCUCCAGGUCGCGCCGAUUCCUGCUAGCAUGGGACCAGGCGUGACAACGUUUCUCAAGAUCCCGCACACAUACUGCUGGUCACCGGCCGUGGUUCCCAAGCCUGCCGAUUGGGGUCCAGAGAUUGACGUUUGCGGCUUCUUCAUGCGCGACGAGCCCUCCUACAAGCCACCUGCCGACUUGGACGCCUUUCUUUCGUCCGGUCCGCCUCCGUUGUAUGUUGGGUUCGGUAGUAUCGUUGUCGACGACCCGGGACGUUUGACAGACGUAAUCCUCGAGGCCGCAGGUAUUUGCGGCAUCCGUGUCAUCAUCUCUCGAGGAUGGAGCAAGCUUGGAGAGGGGAAAUCAAGCACAGACAGCGUGUUCUAUCUCGGAGAUUGCCCACACGAGUGGCUGUUCAAACGAGUGUCAGCCGUGGUGCAUCAUGGAGGAGCUGGAACGACAGCUUGUGGCCUUAUCAACGCGAGACCGACUAUCAUCGUGCCGUUCUUCGGUGACCAGCCGUUUUGGGGCCGGGUCAUUGCAAAGUCAGGAUCAGGACCCUUACCGAUUCCUCAAAAGCAGCUCCACACGCAGAAACUUGUGGAAGCUAUUCAGUAUUGUCUGUCGCCCGAAGCAAAUCGUGCGGUCCGAGAAGUAGCCAGCGCCAUGCGGCAAGAACGUGGCGUCAAUACCGCCACAGCAUCGUUCCAUCGUAACAUUCCUGCCAGCGAUCUCGGCUGCGAUCUGAUUUCUGGUCAGCGCGCCGCCUGGCUGUUUGAGAAGCAGUCCAAAACGGGCGCCAAGCGGAUGAGACUGUCGAAUCAAGCAGCAUCGUCUCUGAUUGUUGCGAAGAAGAUAAAGAUGUCUGACUUGAAGCCUCUGCGAACGAAGGAAUACGACACCGAUGUGAAACGAUGGGAUCCCAUCACCGGUGGUGCCUCUUCACUCCUAGGCACCGUCACCGAUUUCACCGUCGCUCUGGGCGGCACCUUCAUCGAUCCAUGGAAGGAAUACAAGCGUUCUCGGGCAUCUGGUCAUGAGGCCGGCUCGGCGAGUGGUGCAGCCGCAAUGGCUGUGGGUAAGGGAUUUGCCUCCAUGUCUGGAGCGAUCGUCAAGGGCGGCCUUGUGAGCAUGCCCCUCGCCAUCACAGAAGGCCUUCACAACGCUCCCAAUCUGUACGGCGACAAGGUACGAGACAAUGGCAAGGUAGAAGACUGGAAGAGCGGAGGAGUUGUAGCCGCAAAGACCUUUGGAACCGGAUUCUAUGACGGACUGACGGGUGUCUUCACCGAUCCCUACAAAGGCGCGAAGGAAGGAGGUGCUCUUGGUCUAGCAAAGGGAGUUGCCACGGGGUCCUUCGGCCUUAUUCUCAAGCCAGGAGCUGCAAUGUUCGGACUCGUCGCAUACCCUGCUCAAGGAAUCCAUAAAUCCCUCAAGGCAAGAACCGGUCGCAGCCAUGAAGUUUUGAAGGCGAAAACCGCGCUCCUGGACUACGACCAACGACAGAACAACGGGAACCCCCGCGACGGAAGCAAGGUCCUGCAGGUGUUCGACGCCUACUUUACGCAGUAG